CAUUGGUUAAAAAUAUGCCAAGAUUUGUAGCUUUUUGCCAAAAUAGAUUUGCUUUAUGGUUUUCGCUUAAAAAAUACAUUAUUCUUAUUAAGGUUGCUAGAGAAAUCUGGGGUGGUCUCAUCACCCAGGGCUGCAGAAAACUGGUCCACCCAAAGUAGAUAUAAAUAAAUAUUGGAUCUGUUUAUGUGGUUGGUCGUGAUCUUUUAUGAAAAUUGCCAAAUUAUUAACUCUGAUUGCAUUUAUUCCUUAAGAUAUUAGUCUGAAAUAUCUACCACUAAAGUCAUUCCUUAAAUAUUUGUCAAAGUGUUAGCUAUUUUUCCAUUAUAAUGAGAUAUAUUGUACCAGUUGUAUUCUUGGUGAAUUUAAUGGUUCAAGCAGCUGAAGUUUAUGUAACGGAAACUAGCUAUGUAACUGUCAGUAGAACCAAGCUUCCUGAUGGACUGAUCACCGAAAUCAUCCUUGGACAGCCAGAUCCAAUCCCUGUUGAUGUUCAACUUCAGUCUCAACCUGACCAGGAACCUGUAUCUGGGCCAUUUCAACAGCCUGAACCUCAACCUGAACCUCAACCUCAACCUGAACCUCAACCUCAACCUCAACUUGAACCUCAGGUUCAACAGGAACCUCGCACACAAGCUAAUGGUGUCAAAUCAAGCCAAUUUGCAGAUGAGAUUUUAGACGCUCAUAAUUCUAAACGUGCAAAACAUCGUGUGGCACCAUUACAAUGGAGCCAAGAAUUGGCCAGCUAUGCAGAGAGAUAUUCUGCUGCCUAUUCAUGUGGAAGUGGUUUGGUACAUACUGGUGGACCUUAUGGAGAAAACUUGGCUUCGGGUGUCUCAUCUUGUUCACAUGGUGUUCAAUUAUGGUAUGAUGAAGUCAAUGGGUAUGAUUACAAUCUGCAACAUUUGAACCACUUUACUCAAGUAGUUUGGAAAUCUACCCAUGAAGUAGGAUGUGCUGUUAAAGAUUGUGGUAGCAAUGGGCUCUAUCUCAUUUGUGAGUAUAAUAAACCGGGAAACAUAGUAGGAGAUAAGUAUUUUAGAGAGAAUGUUUUCCCUCCCUACUAAGAAUUUGAGAUUGUUAUGAACAUUGAUUGAACUGCAAGCACAAUCCUUGAAGGUUUUUAUAGAAUAGUCUAACUUUUUGAAUUCCAAUAAAACCAUUUUUCUUUUAUCCUUGUGUUAAUUAUUAUUAAUUUCAAUU